GGCUAAUUACGCUGAAGAAACGCUUGACAUCUGUCGACCGUAGCACACCGUACCUGAAAUGGGAUGGAGCCAAUGCCCGUGGGGUAGCCCACGGGUAAAAAGUCAACUUUUAUCUCUGGUUGUCCUUUUGCUGACAUUGAACUCGACCAUUGUAGUUGGCAAUCGUCAAUGUCCAGAGGACAAGACACACAUCAAUUGUUCUAAAUCUGGGGAUAUCCUGUUGAUUCAUACGGAGACAUUCAUCCCUGUGAAUGACUCAGUGUGCACGUCAAAGCGAAUUUCCACCCAACGCAGUGCCUCCUGUGUCCCAUCCAUCGAAGUUCGAGGCAAAGAUCCGUGCAAAAAUGGUCGCCAAUUGGUUCACUUUCAAAGAUGGAAGUUGGUGAAUUGUGUGUGCUCCCCGGUGCGAUACACCAAGGAGUUGCCUUGUCCUUGCCAGCGAAGCCACAUAUCCAAUGAGACUUGCAGUGGGCAUCAGCUCAGUAACCGAAUUCAAACAAUCACCUAUGAACGACGUGUUGGGGAUCGCUGUGAGACGCAUAGGGUGCGUGUGCCUGUCCGCACGUGUGCAACGAAAACGCUCAAUAGCGUACUACCUAACACAACAGAUCAUGAGUAUCUGAGACGGAGCGCACGUUCAGUUGAGGCCGCUACCACACAGUGUGGAGAGAAUCAAGUGUUCUCCUUCAGUCCAAAUCCUUGUGCUGAGACGUGCGAGCAGAUCCUUUUUGGCAAGCCCAGCGUUUGCAAAUCAACGCCCCAGCAACCGGGCUGUGAAUGCCGGGUUGGCUACGUAUUAGAUGGUGUACUCUGCGUUCCCCCGAGUCAGUGUGGCUGCCUCAAUUCACUGUGUAUCGAUCGCGCUCCGUUGGACUUGUGCCGGAAAUGGAAAGCCGAAGGGCGGUGCACCAGUGAUCGGGACGGUAUGAACAAAGUUUGCAGAGCCACAUGUCAAGGCUGCCACCAGCCAUGCCAGGAUCAGAUAGCCACGGUGCAGUGCGAACGCUUGAAACAGCAGGGCAAAUGCCGUGAGGAGUUCUAUCGACUGAUCUGUCGGCUGACCUGCUCACCACAGGAUUGCAGUUGCCCACCAUGCCGACAGGAGAUUGGGACCUGCAAUCCACACACAAAGAACUUAGAAGUCACUCACACGUGCUUUCGAUUACAACGUGAUGGAAGGUGUACCCCAGUGGUAACCAGGAGUUUCAAACCUUGUGGAGCCUGUCCUCGGGGUGGUCGUGUUCGACGUGGACGCUGCAACCGCCUCACUGGUUUCGCCUUGGAUCAGUUGGAAUUCUGGUCGCCCGUGUUGACCAAGUGCAAAUGUCGACUGCUGACGAAAUUCAUCCGCCGCAUCUGCUCCUGCGGUCAUCUGGAUCACAUUCCCACGCGCGCCAUUUGUGUUCCUCACAAAGGCAUUUGGCUAAAGAAACAUGUUGUGUAUCGUUUGCGGAACGGAAAUUGUCAUGCCGAGCAGCAUCUACUCAAGAAAGCAAUCGUGUGUGUGAGGAACUUCAAGUCUACUUUGCAUUGCGACCCAACCACCUGUGAAAGUGUACGUGUCAGCACAUGGUUCGAGCAAGUCGGAUGCCGAUGUGUGAAGAAGAUGAACCGCGCACAUGGCAAGUGCUGUUGUCCCCCCGGACGUAUUGAGAAAGAGUGCGGGGACGACGAUAGUGUACUGACUACCAAAAAGAUCACCUUUCUGCUCGACCCUAAUAAACAGGAAUGCGUGCCGCAAAUUGACCGUUCGGUUCAAGAAAUACAAUGUAACGAGCGCAAUACGCGUGUGCUAAAGCAGUAUUGUGAUCGCCAGUCCUGUCAUCCGGCCACUGUUUAUCAUCGGGUUGUACGAAAACGAUGUGGCUGUGUCAAUUUGAUCCGUCGAGUCUUGAACAAAAGACUGCGAUGCUGUUGCCCGCCUCCGAGAUUUAUGGUGCGCUGUUAUCCCCAGUAUGGAGUGGUUUCCAAAAUCGUCUAUCGCUACGAGCUGUUCAAAGGCCACUGCGCUUCCCGCAAAUUUGUGGAUCAAGAUAAACAUGUCUGUCCUAAGGGUAAGGUGUUCCGGAGCCCCUGUGAUCGAUCCACUGGUCUGCGUUUGGUCGUCCGUCACACUCAAGUCUCCGUCGGGUGCCAAUGUCGUGCGAAGGUGCGGAGGACGAUGGAGCCAUGUGAAUGUCCACUACCACACAUUGUCAAGAAACGCUGCGCACCCGGCGCUUCGGUUCGCCAAGUCUUUCGCCUUCGUUUUGAAUUGAGAAUGAAUGAGGCUAGUGGAAGAACCGUUUGUUACAGGCGGAUGACGCGUUUACCGGAUGAACCCUGCAAUUGCCAGCCACCUGUAGUCCUCAAACAACACUGUGUGCGUGGCGAACUCGUGUUGGUCCGGAAAGACUACCGAAUGUCAGAUGGUGAGAAUCAGCCCAGGUGUAUGCAAAAAGUGUUUAUCAAACGGAUUCCCGUCCUAUGCAAUGAUGAAGGGUCGCAAACUGUGCGUUCCAAAUGCCAUCACUGGCGGCGGAGAGUUGUACAAAUCAGGGAACUACUUGAUCCGACACAAUGCCGAUGUCAGAAAGUAGUCAAAGCGCAUUUCGAAGGGUGUGAUUGCAGUCUACGGAACCGAGUGUAUAAAGAAUGUCGAAAUGGUGUUCAAAUGAUUGUGAAAGAAAUUUACACCACAAGCCCAAAUGUGAAUCACUGCGUUAAGAGCGUUUCUCGUGGAAUACACCCUGUUGUAUGCACUGGGAAACCUGAAGUGUUUUCUACAAGCGGAUGUACGAUCCAACGGCCGAAUGGGAUAUUCCAAUCAGAGGAAGUACGAUGGCAACAGGUGGUCGACUGUCGAUGUGUUACACACCGGAAACAAAUGCUGAGACUGUGUGCUUGUCCAGAACCAGUUGUGGCCCGACGUUGCCUGGAUACGACAAAUCUGGUACUGUACAAAACCACCUUCACCAGGAUUGCCGAUCAAUGUCUGCCUAACCGAGACGUUGUGACGACAGAAAUCCGUUGCUCCGAGCCGCCUCAAAUAGUUGACAAAACCUCAUGUGAAACUGUCCCCACUCCCUUGGGUUCGAAUGGAUCCCCACAUUGUUUGGAAACCUUCAGGAUAGCUGUUCGACAGGUUCAUGAAUGUCAAUGUCUUACCAAGCAUGUUGUUGUUCGCCGUCGAUGCUGCGUCCCGGAACCUAAGAUCGAACGACACUGCGAUCCAGCCCAUUCAACGUGGGUUACUGUGUACACCAAUUACACUUUGGCCUCCGGAAAGGUUCUGUUCGAAUCUGAUAAUUUGGUGAUUCGCGAUCGAGUUGCAAAACCAAUGAGAGAGCAGCAAGAGCAGCAGGUCGUGUGUCCUACCGCAAAGGUCAACGAGCGGUGUGAUUCUCAGACAGGACUGCUCACACGAACUGUUGUUCGGUUCAAUUCGGUGAAAUGCGCAUGCCAGCCUACCCGAGUCAUCGAACGAGGAAAAUGUCAACGCAAGCUGAUUCACAAAGGAUCUUGUCGCCCAAAGCCAACAACGUACGGGGAGGACCAAUUUCGUAAAACAGUUUGGGCCGUCUUCCGACGAGAGGGAUGCAAAUGUAUCAUUUUGCGAGUUAUCGAAGAUGAGAUGUGCUCCUGCCAGCCUGACAACAGAAUUGAGAGGCGUUGUGUAGAUGACCACCUGCGAGAAAUACUUCAUACACAGCGCCGGUCAUCGUCCGAUGGAAAGAACUGCAUUCGUACAGUGAUAUCAAGAGUUAUAAAACCUGUGGGUAAGUCCGACUCAGUGACUGAAUUGAUCAAAAUGCCAUGCACACUGAAAAGCAUGCUAUAUAUAAGAAAUGAUUACCCAAACACACUGUAUGAUGCAAACAUUGCGUAA